GUUAAAAGAAAUGUCAUAGGGACGCUUAUUAUACACCAUAAAUAUAAAUAACCCACUACGCGCGCGCGUACGCUUUCACAAACUCCCUUAUUUAGUUAUUUCGCUCUAUUUAUUUUUAUUCUUAUUUUAUAUCCUUUUUAUUAUUAUUAUUAUACACACACACUGAGAUCGCCGGAGGAGGUAUAACAACGGCGGAUCUUUAUUUAAUUACAGUUAGGGUUCUGCCUCAAUUCACACUUUCGAUUUCUAGGGUUUAGGCCGCACACAUGGCGUCAGAGGAUGUGGUAGGUAAAACCAGCGCUACGAUCGCUAAUCUCGCUGAAGAAGCGAAGAUCGCCAGUGAAGGUGUCAAGGCUCCCAGCCGCCACGCUUUACUCUCCAUCUGCAAGUCUCUCGUCGCCGGAGGUGUCGCCGGAGGAGUAUCAAGAACCGCUGUUGCUCCUCUAGAACGACUGAAAAUCUUGCUCCAGGUUCAAAAUCCUCAUGCAAUCAAAUAUAACGGUACCAUUCAGGGGUUGAAAUAUAUAUGGAGGACAGAGGGUUUUCGUGGACUUUUCAAAGGAAAUGGCACUAAUUGUGCUCGUAUUGUCCCAAACUCUGCUGUCAAGUUCUUUAGCUAUGAAGAAGCAUCAAAGGGAAUCUUGUGGUUCUACCGACAGCAACCUGGAAAUGAGGAUGCUGAACUCACACCUGUCUUACGCCUUGGAGCUGGUGCUUGUGCUGGAAUUAUCGCCAUGUCAGCUACCUACCCGAUGGACUUGGUUCGUGGUCGGCUUACUGUGCAGACUGAUAAAUCUCCAAGCCAAUAUCGAGGAAUUGCGCAUGCUCUUGCAACCGUGCUGCGUGAAGAAGGUCCACGCGCGUUAUACAAAGGGUGGCUUCCUUCCGUCAUUGGUGUUGUACCAUAUGUCGGUCUUAAUUUUGCGGUGUAUGAAUCUUUAAAAGAUUGGUUGAUUAAAACGAAACCAUACGGGAUAGCCGAGGACGCUGAGUUGAGUGUGACAACGAAGCUUGCAUGUGGGGCUGCAGCUGGAACCGUGGGUCAAACCGUUGCUUAUCCUCUUGAUGUCAUCCGCAGAAGAAUGCAAAUGGUUGGCUGGAAACACGCAGCUUCUGUUGUCACCGCAGAUGGCAAAUCAGCACUCGAGUACACCGGUAUGGUUGAUGCUUUCAGGAAAACCGUUCGUUAUGAAGGUUUUGGAGCCUUGUAUAAAGGCUUGGUUCCGAACUCGGUCAAGGUGGUUCCAUCAAUAGCAAUUGCGUUUGUGUCGUACGAGGUGGUUAAGGAUCUACUUGGGGUAGAGAUGAGGAUAUCUGAUUGAAAACCAUCCUGGCUAUAAACAAUAAUAAUGUUGUUGAAUGAAUAAUAUUAUUUUUGCGCGCAGAAGAGAAAGUAGGAGGUAUAAAGUAUGGUGGUCGUGAGUUCGCGACUCUUUUUUUUGUUAUCUUCUCCCUUUCGGUUAUCUUCUUUCAGUUACUGAGGGAUUUAGAAGUUGUUAGUGUUGAUAUAGUGGACCCCAGUGCAUACCGACACUUUCUCUUUCUGCUGUGGUCUUUUGGUGUUUGGCGUUCGUGUCACACCAACACCACCCAAUAAGGAUAUUUCAUAGAGUUGGCGAGUUGUUUGAUCUUUACUAUGAUUAUGAUUAUGAUUAUGAUUAUGAUUAUGAUAAUCGUUUCUUUUAAUAGUUAUUAUUUCGUGGUGAUGA